AUGAACAUGACACUGCGACUGGAGGAGAGCACAUCCAUGUCACAAAAUACCGAGAUGGAUGUACUCAACGGCGACUUCGUUUUGACCGAGUUCCUGCACGAGAUGGACGCGUUCGACCAGCUACAAGCGCUAGUCCCUCAACAAGAAGUUCCCUAUUCAAAUUCUUUAGCGCCAACACAAGUUCAAGACAAGUCUCAGUCCGCGCCGGCAAAGAGACGAAGCACCUCGUGGUUGCGACGUAAGCAGGAGCUGCACGCGCUGCGUCACGAGUCCGAAGCACUCGAAGCUCGCUUGGCUUCGCUACGUCUGCGUUGCUCCCACCAGAGUCCACCAACUCUAACUGAAGCUCAAGAAACGUGGAAGUCGGUCGCUUCCAUCGCGCGUCAGGAAUACCAAACGUCUCUGGACGAGAACGCGCGUCUAAAGCACGAGCUUCAGAUGUAUGCGGGUGCGUUCGAGAUGCUGCAGGCCCAGCUAGUCGUCGCGGAGUCUCGGAAGCAGCAGCUUGUUGACAGCAGCGUGGUAUUCUCGAAUAUCUUACGCGCCGGGAUGAUCAGAAGUCGGCGCUUGAGUUGCGACAGCGGCGACGUGUUUGGUGUCCUCGAGCGGAAGAUCAACUCGCGGCUCCAUGAACUCGACUUCAUCAUCCACGAGACCCGUCGGUCGAUGCAGCGAGGCACCACCGAACAAGUCCAGGUUUGUCGUGGAGAUGCUGCUGCUGCCGCUGUAGAGUUCAAGCAUGUCCGCUUACUGCCCUUUGGGGUAGAUACUACGGCGAGGAACGUCUGGCAGUACAUUGAAGUGGGUGGAUCGGCCGACAAGACAGACACACGCGUGGCCAGGAGUUCACCCGACAUGGUCGGGCUAGUAUCUCACCACAGACUGCCUCUGGGCGAUAUGGCCAGCGUGAGUGCCGAUGUACACACCGUCAUCAAGCGGUUUGCCGUCCCAACGGGCAUGGUCGCGUUGGUUGAGUCUCGCUCCGAGUGGUCGAUCCAGCACCCUACGUCGGUAGUGUCUCGGUCCACGACGGAAGAAAGAGGGUGGUUCGUGAUCCAUGAGUACCCGUUCCCGAACUGCGGCGAUGUUACGCAACGAGCAUCUCAAUUGAAGACAUUGGUAAAGCUCCGACCAACCGAGUACCAACAAGUUGACGGAAGAGCUAAUUCCACGUCGUCGUUGCCAAGCACGAUCGUCGAUGUUGUGGUCCCGUCCUUCCGCGAUAUGUUAACCUCGCAGCUCCAGUCGGUCGAGAACUGUUUGCUGGACUUGGAGCGGGCGGUGAGGACGUAG